AUGGUCGACAGCCCGAUCAGCGUGGCGAGGAGGACGGCGAGAGUUGGACCAGAAAGACUUUAUUGCAGACGAGGGAUCCUGGUGGACCGUUCGUUGGGAUCCACGAUGAAUGUAUCUCCGACGUGGUUGGAAGAUGAUGUCCGGAUGGAGAUGCAGAGAAGCAGGAGGAGCGUUGACAUGGAGGGGCGCCGGAGAAGUUCAACAGCAGAAUACUGGAGCAAUCCCAACGCAACCCGAUUUACAGGCAGUAGGAGAGCCCAGAUGAUCACAAACCAGGCAGUAGUCCACAUAUUUGUCGGCGUCAGGUUUGUUUCUUUCAUUUCAGCUGAUGACUGCCUUACUGCCAACAUUGGAGACACGGUGCAGAUUCCCUGCUCUUUGAACACUAAAGAGUUCUUAAAGGCAGAAGACAUUUCAGUCGAGUGGACAACAGGUGACGGCCGCAUCAUUCAUUCCUUUGUCAAAGGAAAGGAUAAUUUGACAAAUCAGGUCCCCCAGUUCAAAGGCCGAGCGCAGCUCUUCAAGCCUGAACUGUCACGUGGUAACUUAUCACUGAGGCUGUCAAACGUGUCGGUCGAUGAUGAAGGGGAGUUUGAGUGCAAAUACCAUAAAGCUGGGGAGACAAGCAGCAGUGGUGUGUGUUAUCCGUGCCUUCUAGUCGCAGGUCGUUACUCUGACCCAAUUGUUACUAUAUCAUCUUCAGCUUCAAAUGACAGUGAGGUCAACUUCACCUGCAAGUCUGCUGGAGGAUAUCCUGAGCCAAAGGUCUACUGGUCAGUGAAUAAGAUGCCAUUUCAGGACAUAAGCCGAGUAAAUACAAGAACGAGCAAUGACAGCAAAGGGCGUUAUAACGUGACCAGCAUCCUGACUUUGAAUGUGACAGGAGACGUGUCGGUGACCUGCAUUAUUGAGAAUGAGAGACUGAGAGAGAACAGGACAUCAAAUGAGGUUCAAUGUGAGUUCACUUUAUAUGUAGUACAGAAACAGACCAUCACAAGUCAGCAGAGUCACAAAACAAAGCCAGCCAGGUGUCACCACACGUGUGCCAUCUGUCCCUUUAUUAUUGUGAGCUCCUUGAACUCCAGCUGGCAGCCACAGACAUCCGGGGCUACAAAUGCCAUCAAGGUCACAUUGAUCUGGGAGGCCUACAUGUACACACAGAAGAGACGUGGCUGAGCGGCUCCGCCGUCAUUUUAGGGUACACAGUAACAGAAGCUGUGAGCGUCAGAGUGAAAUACUGCACUUGUUCUUUUUUUUUUUUGCAAAUUCAAAUACAGUGUGUAACAAAACAUUACUCCUUAUCAGAAAUCAACAAGCUUAUAAUUUAAAAUAAAGUUUCUGAGUGAUCAACAAUAUGAGAAAACAAAAGUCCAAAAACAAAAUCCUGAAAGUGCUGAAUUAGGGAAUAAAUUAGCUCUGGACAAGCUAAGCAAAGGCAACAACAAAUUUGAUUUAGAAACGCACGGCUGUCAGUUAUGAAAUGACAAUCUAUGAUAUCAAGUCUUCAAACAACACACACACACACUAAAGUCAUUCCAACACAGCACUGUGAGGACGUGCAGGAGCAGCUCAAGAGCCGUCUGGUUGUUUUUGCUAGAAAGAGUGAGGUGGGCAAGGCCUCUCUGCUUCUUUAUUCUGAAUCGUUUAGAUGGGGGUCUGCCUGUCUGUUGGCCUGUUUUCCCACAAAGUGUGAGGAGCACAGCUGUGAUUUCUUAAAUUGAAUUAUACACGAGAUGGCAGCCAUUUUCAUGUGAUCGAAGUAACACCUCACAUCUCUUAUCAUUUACAAUGAACCGCAGCAGCCACUAAUGGAUCAGACUGUGUUUUGUGUCUUGUUGCUGCCUGCACCCUUAACUUUGUAAUCUCCAAUUAAAACAAAAUGGCAGGACCCGACGUGCAUCGGAGAAUCGGAUUGAUAGGGAUGUGUUAGUGCGUCUCUACACGGUCCACUUGUAAGCACUGUGCUCAACCACUCGCCUCCCGAGCUCUCGCCAUCUUCCCGUUUUCUCUCCAAUCUGCAGUCGUUUCCCAGGACAGUCCUCAGGCGCCUCACCACCAGAUCCACCACAAGCCCAACAGAGCUCUCUCUGGAAGCCCCGGGUUUCGGUAUCCUUCAGUGCCGCCAUAUAUUCAGUGAACACCUUAUGUGUUUGCUGUCCAUCCUGCCUUUUCCUUAAAGCACAGGACUCCUGUCAUCCCAUACUGGGUCAAGCGUUGUCACCUCGCAGUCCAGGCAGGGACUUCCUGUCUCCAGUCCAUCCUUCCUAACCUCUUAGCAGACUACAACAACUUCUUUCUGUAGCUGAUUUCUGUACCAAAGUGUAACUCAAUGUGCUGAAUAAAUAGUAGAAAAAAAAAUGACAAUUACAACAAAAAUUGUAUUGAUAGAAGAAUUCUUAAUCAAAGUGAACAUAAAUGAAAGUACAGCUCCACUACUUUGUCCAUCUUUAAUGAUAAAAUGUGAUUACAUUUUAUGAUUCACAGUUAUGACCAGUGCCCUCUGACUGACCACAUAUGAGCCCCUCAAACCUGACCGACAGACUGUCCUCAAGCUGAUGGUCAUCCAUGUUAAAUUCUGAGGUGGUAGUCGGUUUGUCUCCUGAACAGAGUCCUGAGAGAGACUUGCACACUAAAACACAAAUCACAUUAGGACCACACCUAAGAGUUCUUAUGCCCGGCAUCAGCCAUGGCAGCCUGGCACCUGGUUAUUACUCAGAAGUGGGCAAGUGUCACGUACCCUGUGUGAAUAUAUAAGCACCAAGGAAGCCAGGAAUGAUUAGACCCUGCGUGGGUUUUAAAAGCCGACUGUGAGUGAUUGGUGGGCCCUUCAAACAAACAUCUGCUACAGUCUGAGAAAUCACUUUGACUUUGUGGCUCUUGUGUACUUCAUUAAAGCGCCAUUGUGGUUCACCCUCAA